AUGGUGUGUGCGUACCCAACGGACGGACCCUGGACUGGGCAGACUUUGCAGAGCCUUCAAGCAACGCAACGAAGCUAUCAGACUCAUGCAAUGCUGGGAGUAGCCCUGGGAUCAAAGUCUUUCGGAGUCCUCGGGUACGGGCCACAUCCUUUGAAUUGCCUUGCAGUGGUGAAAGCUGCAACUCUGGAGUCCGAGCAGCCUCGCCAGCGUCUACAACGCUCGGGUUCAGAACACGUUCAUUCCUUGGUGAAUCGGUGGACGAUUGCAUCGUUGAUCAUGCCGUCUUUGGUGUACAUGGAGAGGUUGGCCAAGUCCAUGUUCGAGUAG